GAAUGAGAGCGAAAUAGAAAAAUCCUUCGUUACUUGUUUUCUUGUUGUGUUGUGCUUAAUGAUGGAACGUAAACGAAAGUAAACCGAAAAUGGAAUGAAACUAAUUGAGUGAGAAGAACACUAAAACUAAGAAAAACCAAAUCUGAACGAACGCUCCCCUCUGGCUUUUUUGCUAGCUAUGCAGUUCUUCGAUGGCCAGCAUUCGGAAGUUACGUACAACAAUUAGAAUAAAUGGAGUGAAUAAAUGAUUUACAGUGUUCACAUUUACAAGUCUGAAGCAAUUGGAAUUCCAAAUUUAGUGGUGGUGAAAGAUAUUUAUGUGGAGGUUGGGAAGAGAUGGCUGCAGUUGUUAUUGGACAGUAGGAACCGAAGCAUCGUGAAGUGUUUGCAUUUUAUACAUCUGGUACAUCUGGUUUUAGGAAUUUAAAAUAGUGACAGCAUUUUUUGCGAACUAUUUUUAUGUUGGUCGGUCAAAAUCAUUGAUUCAACAAGUGAUUUAUUAAAAACAAAAUUUCAAGUAAAGUACAAGGAGAGAGUUACUGGAGCGGAUUUAUUAUACGAGGAUCUACUGUAUAUUCAUAUGAAUUAUAUAGUUACACAAUGAUAAUGCUGAUGUGUUUAGUAAUUUUGUUAUUGUUUUGCUGUAUCUUCAUAACUUUGUUGAGCCGACACAAAAAGCCUCCGGGACCAUAUGGUUUUCCAUUUAUUGGAUGUUUAACAUUAAUUGACCCUCUUAAACCAUACGAAACUUUUUCUCGACUUGCACGACAAUAUGGUACUACAUACGGGUUGUGGAUGGGACAAGUUUAUACUGUAGUACUAACUGAUCCUACCUUAAUUCGAACCAUUUUGUCAAAGGAUGAAGCCACCGGUCGAGCACCCUUGUUUAUUACACACGGUAUAAUGGGAGGUCAUGGAAUCAUUUGCGCUCAAGGUAAUUUAUGGCGCGAUCAACGCCGAUUAUCAAUCGAUUGGCUUCGUAAAUUGGGAAUGGUUAAGUAUGGAUGUGCUCGAUUAAAUCUUGAACGGAGAAUUAAUUCUGGACUUAUCGAAAUGCUUCAGGACAUUGAUAAUAUGGUAGAUAAGACACCACAAGGUUUAAACCCAUCUCCUAUCAUACAUCACGUGCUCGGAAAUUUAUUAAAUGAUUUAGUUUUUGGUAUAAAAUACGAAAAGAACAAUGUUACAUGGAAAUAUUUACAGCACCUUCAAGAAGAAGGUGUGAAGCAUAUUGGAGUAUCUAUGGCUGUGAACUUCUUACCAUUUUUGAGAUAUUUACCUUCUACUCGUAGAACAAUCAAUUUUCUUCUCAGUGGAAAACAUCAAACACAUGCUAUUUAUGAUGCUUUGAUAUCCAAUCAACGAAGCAAGUUGCGUUCUUGUGAUACAUUUAUUGAAGAGCAGGAGGAGUGCAUAUUAACAUAUUUUUUAAAAGAAGCCGCAAAACGACAAGAAGCAGGUCGACCGGAUGCUGCAUUUUGCGAUGACAUACAGCUACGCCAUUUGAUGGCAGACUUGUUCGGGGCAGGUGUGGAUACUACAUUUACUACGAUUCGAUGGGCUUUGCUAUAUAUCGCCCUAUAUCCAACUGUUCAAAAGCGUCUUCGAGAAGAACUGAGACAAAGACUGGUCGUGAAUGAGCCACCUUCGUUGAAAGAUGUGGAGGCUUUGCCCUAUUUACGGGCAACCAUCGCGGAAGUGCAGCGAAUUCGUACCGUUGUUCCGCUUGGUAUACCUCAUGGAACAACUAAGGAAAUAAAGAUUGGUGAUUUUAAAAUUCCAUCAAAUACAAUGAUCAUGCCUGUAGUAUGGGCUGUGCACAUGAAUCCUAUACUAUUCAACGCGCCUAACACUUUCAAGCCAGAACGGUUCCUGGAUUUAGAGGGGCGCUUCUCCAUUCCAAACUACUUUCUUCCAUUUCAAGUCGGCAAACGUAUGUGUUUGGGCGAAGAGCUUGCUAGAAAUAUUCUUCAUUUGUACAUCGCCAAUAUAGUGUAUCAUUACGAUUGGAUUCGGAUAUCUCCUGAGGAUGCUAUGUUGAUCGAUUUAACAGGAAAUUGUGGAUUAACCUUAACUCCCCCAGACUAUAUAAUUAUAUUCUCGAAAAAUAAUAAAUAAAACUGUUAAAAACGUUGUAUCAAUUUUA